AUUGGUCCGUCGAUCUACUGUUUCCAGGGUACUGAAACACGUGAAGGUCAACUCCAGCGCUGAAUACAGUAGUCAGGUGUCCCUAAGUGAGUGAUUUUCGUAGUGUUUGCUAUUGUUUUCCCUCAUGGAAAAUCAAGGAGUAACGGCGGAUCCGCAACUGCAGCAGUUUAUCGAGAUCGAGUCUCAAAAACAGAGGUUUCAACAGCUGGUUCAUCAAAUGACAGAAGUGUGCUGGGAGAAGUGUAUGGAUAAGCCUGGUCCAAAGCUUGACUCCAGGACAGAGGUGUGUUUUGUCAACUGCGUGGAGCGAUUCAUAGAUACAAGUCAAUUUAUCCUCAACAGGCUAGAGCAGACGCAGAGGAGUAAAACAUCUUUCACUGAGUCUAUGACGGACUAGUGGACCAUUAGCCACUGCCUGGAUGACAAGACCAUAAUUGAGGCUGUGGCGUGCCAACAUAAGAACUUUAAGGUAACAGCUGUCACGACAGAGAUGAAGAUUCAAUUAUUGCCUCAAGGACAAAGUGCCUCAUUUUGCUUCUUUGAAGGCCAGAUAUUGUUAACCAAAAGGAUGCAUGUACAGUCCCUCAGCGAGUCAUUAUAGAAUUCUGUUGGUAUGUAUGUGAUAAUCUGGAAUGGAAGAGCCUUUCCUUUGACUUCCUAUUUAGACCACCAGAACUCAUUCACACCAUGUCUGGGUUGCAUUGUUUAACAAGAAAUGCUUCAAGGUCUUACACCAUGACUGUUGAAAUUGUUGGACAGAUGCAAGUUGCAACUUCAUAUGAUGUAUAAAAAUGACAUAUACGUUUUUUUUGUGAAAUUAUUAAAAUUCCUUAUACAGACACUUAUAAAAGAUAAAUAAAAGAAAACAAUUCAUUCAAUGUUAACAAGAUUUUCCUAUGAAUUAAAACUAUGUAAACCCAUACAGGGGCAGGCUGCAACUGUUUCUGAUCUUAAAUAAAUAAUACAGCAUUUAUUAAGACAA